AUGGCUACAUUCAUGAAAUUUCGUCUAGUCCCAGCGCGGGAAGAGACUAACCGAGCAUCCGAACCAGGCCGGCGGCAAAGAGAGAAUCUUGCCCGGGAGCUCGAGUCAGCGGCUUCUACAGCGGUACCAUCACCUCCAAAUGCAACUAUUCCUGCAUGCCAGUGUCGAGGGCCCAAUAUUUCUUCUACCCAAGUUUAUUUCCCGUUGACCCCGGACCACAAACUGCUCUAUGUCAUCGUUCUCAACGUCUCGCGGGCAAUCAUCACCAACUAUUUCAUCAUGUCCACCAUUGCGCCAGUAACCGCCGCCCUGUGUGUCAGCCGACGCAUUUUCACAAUUGAAGACUUUUCAGAAGCUCCUAGAAAUCUCGAUGGUACCCGUGCAAUUCCCCCAGCAUUUAUGCCGACGAAAAUGCAGCAGGAGGUCCCACACCCCGGCUGGAUAGAUCUUUUUCCGUCACCUCAGCUACGGGACAACCUCAUUCUUGCGGUCAUGGAAUUCAAUGUCGACGAAGAAGAAAUCCUCGAAGAUUUGAUAGGAGAUAUAUUCGAAGCUAUGGGCUGUGGACCAGAGGAAAUUUCAAAAGAAGGUUCAAAGGACGAGUCACCGAGCGAUACGAAAACUCAUACAAGGCCACAUGUAGUAACUGCAGAAGUAAAAGAGGAGCUGAAAACCUACACUCCGUCAAGCACUCCCGAACUUGGUAUCCUCUCAUGGUCCGAUCCGUGGGAUAUAUCUGGUUGGGAAGUUACGGAAAGGUUUGUCAGCAGAUGGGCAUUUUUGCUUCAAGGGUGCCCAGAUGUAGUUGAAUCUGCAAACAAAUGGAGAGCUUUACGAGGAGAAGAUCCUCUAGUCGUCGAGAUAUGA